AUGUCACCAUCAGACUAUCAUGAGUGCUACGAUCUGGAGCUGGAUGAAAUUAUUGAACUUCUUAAACUGAACAUCACCAGUGAGCCUGAUGUUCCUCGUGACUAUUAUGAACAUAUUGAUAAUUUUCUCAUAUUUGUUAUGUCCCCAACAACAGAACAAUUUCGGUUCAGAUAUUUGGAGCAUCAGAUUUAUUGUAGAGUUUACUUAACUGAUACGAUGAGAUUACAGAAAAUCGAGGUGGAAGAAGCCAUUCUUUUGCAAAUGGAUGAUGAUAAAAAACUUGUUGCGCUAUUAUUUCGUAAUGAAAAUGAUAGAAUGGCAAAGGAGUUCUUAAAAGAAGACAGGGAACGACUUUCGAAGGAAUCGAAGUCGAGAUCAUUAGCACUGAGGAAGUCGUUGAAAUUAUCAGAAUCGAAUAGCAAUGUAAAAAGUAAUCGUUGUUGCAUGACUCUAUAA